AGUUUGGUGAGAUUGGCAAUGAAUGCACUGCAAGGUAUAGAAUCAGCUCUCAUAACCAUUGAAAAUCUCUGUGCAGCAUUCUGUUCUGAUCCAGCUGACAGAACAUUCCAUCGAAUUCCCAGUUUAUGGAAACGGUCGUCAAGCACUCUUGCUUUGGGAAAGAUACUCAAAUCCAUAGGCCGCUCGGGUUGUGUAGUCUUUAUUCUCCAUAAAUUUGUGGAUCAUUUUAAAAAUUUUAAUUUUGAUGAAAGUUUGAGUUGCAGUAAACUUAUGAAUUCAGAAGCAGAGGAAAAUCAUAAUGAUCGCAAGGGUGAAGGGGGAGAACACCACCCAUACAGUCUUGUUAAUCAGGCAUUUUCUGUUGCUGUGCAGAAGGUUUUAGAAGGUUACAUAUGCACACUGGAUACACUUUUUGCAUCAGUGGGUUUAAGACGUUCAUCAAAGACUGUUGAAGUUACCCUAUUGGAGGUUUACCUCCACACAAAGGAAUUGAGAAGUCAGAUUGAAGCUAUUGGAAAUAUCUGCAAUAUUCAUAAUAUAGCUCUUUGCUUUUCAGUAUCCUCUUUUGAGGGUUUAAUUGCCAAAGCAAAUUUAGAGUUUCAUAAGUUCCCAAGAGGUGGAGAUCUGCUCACUUAUUUGUAUACACAACUACGGGUUGCUGAUCCUGCCCACACUGCUCUCCUCAAGUUUCUCUUUCUCUGUUCAUGCGAACCAUAUUGUGAAUUUAUUAGAUCAUGGAUUUACAAAGCCAAGAUUAGUGAUCCUUAUAAAGAAUUUGUAAUGGAAUAUGUCGAAAAUACACCUUAUCCACCUGGUAAAGCUGGAAGCUUUAGUGACAUCCGAUUAGCUACUAUUAGGGAGCGAGAUGGAGUUGCUGUUCCUUGUUUUCUGAAAGAUUUCUCAAUUCCUCUUGUAAGAGCUGGUCAGCAGCUUCAAGUACUAAUGAAGUUGCUUGAAUUAUGUAGUCAUAUUGGCACCGUAAAUCAUACUUAUGAGGAUAUCCUUCCCUGCUGGAGUGGUUUCUCAAGUGAUCAUCCAUAUUAUGCAUCUCCAUUGACUUUUAAUCAAGGAAGCAUAGAAGCUAUGGUACUUGCAAGGAACGAUUAUUACAAAAGGAUGCUGGAAAAACUUGACACCAUUUUAACAAAGUUAGAAAUCAGAUAUCAACAGGUAUUUGCAUCAUAAGGGUCCACUGUUCUU